AUGUAUGGCAAGAUGUCGAUAGAGUCCUCUGAUAAUGUCAUCUUGUCUAUAGAGGAAAUCAGUCAAACCAGAAUGACCAGUAUAAACCACACCCACCUUAAUAUUUUUGAGAAGUAUCUGCUUCACAGCAACUGGUCUUCCAGACUAGAAAUUAGACGAGAUGACAUUACUAUUGAUAAAAUGGAUGAGUUAAUAGAUGAGUCUGACCCUGAUGUUGAUCUUCCUAACUCAGUUCACGCAUAUCAAACAGCUGAAAGAAUACGUGAAGCACAUCCUGAUAAAGACUGGUUCCAUUUGGUGGGCUCAUUCAUGAUUUAGGUAAAAAUGGUUGCACUCUUUGGCGAACCUCAAUGGGCAACUGUUGGGGAUACAUUUCCUGUGGGGUGUCGAUUUUCUGAUAAAUGUGUAUCUGAUUUAUUUGCUGAUAAUCCAGACAGUCAUCAUCCAGUGUACAGUACACUGUAUGGGAUGUACGAGCCAAAUUGUGGUCUAGACCACGUGACAAUGUCAUUUGGUCAUGACGAGUAUAUGUAUCGUGUCUUGGUUGGUAAUGGGACUACAUUACCAAAACCUGCUUUGUAUAUGGUUCGAUAUCAUAGUUUUUAUCCAUGGCAUACUGGAUGUGACUAUAACUAUCUCUGUAAUGAUCAAGACUUUCAAAUGUUGGAAUGGAUCAGAGAAUUUAAUAAAUACGACCUUUAUUCUAAAGCUGAUAACAUUCCAGAUCCAGAGAAGAUCAAACCAUACUAUCAAAGUCUUAUUGACAAGUACAUACCAGGUGUUCUCAACUGGUAA